AUGAUGGACAUGUCAGGAAUGACCACCACUACCAUGGCUAUGGCCAUGGAAACGGCAACUACAACCGCCAUGUCGAUGGCUACCACAUCCUCAUCCAUGGAUAUGAACUCAGACUCAAUGACAAUGUCCAUGUCGGAGAUGUCCAUGACCUUCUUUACUUCAUUUAAGACACCUCUCUUCUCUGCGGAUUGGACACCCACAUCGAAAGGAACUUAUGCUGGGACCUGUAUCUUCCUGAUUGCCUUGUCUGUCAUUUUGCGGGUACUCAUCGCGUUACGACCUGUGCUGGAGUCUCGGUUAUGGACAGAUGGAGUUCGUCAUAACAGUGAACCACUCAUUGACACCAUCCCUGGGAAGCAUGUCUCGGGUGUACAACAGAGUCUGAAUGAGUUUAGCAAGAGGUGGUCCAGAUGGCGAGUCAACCCUGCUGCCGGUCGUGCGACAUUUGAGUUGAUCGUUGCUGGUAUUUCAUAUCUGCUGUAA